UAUAUGUUUUUGUUGUAAAAUGUCUUCGGAUGUUGACGCUCCAAGUUGUAGCGCUAGUAAAAAAGUAAAAUUAACUGACGAAAAUGAGAAGAAUACCACAGCUGAAGACUUAAGUGCCCACUUUCGUUUAAAUUCGUUUGAGAGCUUCAGUUUGCAACAAAUUUUAUCUGACAAUAAAUAUUCGAAAUCAGUAUUUUUUGAAUGUCUAUUAGAUGAGAAAUGUGCUGUGGUUUUACUUGAAAAAUUACCUCUUGCGAAAGAAACGAUUGAAAAAUUGCUAAAUAAUGCUGAUUUGGCUCUGAAUUUGAAAGCAAAUUGCUCAUCAGACUCGAAUGCUAUUGAUUACGCAUGCUAUCCACCAGUUGAUAAAGGAGAUGUUAAAGCUACUAUAAUUUACCCUGCAACUUCGAAGCAUAUUGAGAAGUAUCAGUAUCAACCUAGAUUACUUUUCUGUGAAACAGCUGAGGUCUAUAAAACAAUAGUUUUGCCUUUUUUAGAAUCUCAGACAUUUUCAAACAAAUGGGUGUACAAUAUACUUGAGCACAAAAGUGAAGUCGAACGAAUAGUUUAUGAAGAUCCAGAUCCUGAAAUAGGCUUCGUUCUUCUUCCUGAUCUAAAAUGGGAUGAAUCUGAAAAGAACUUCAUAUAUCUGAUUGCAAUAUGUCAUGCAAGAAACAUUAAAUCACUACGAGACCUUACCUCUCACCAUCUGCCUUUAUUAAACAACAUUAAAUCCAAAUGUUUGGAUGUCAUUUUCAAAAAGUUCAAUAUUCCUCCAGAGCAGCUUCGAGUGUAUCUUCACUAUCAGCCAUCAUAUUAUCAUCUUCAUGUUCAUUUCACAUCUUUACAUAAAUCUACACCUGGAAGUCAAUUUGAAAAAGCCCACUUACUGGAUACUGUGAUUCAGAACAUUGAAUUAUGCCCAUCGUACUAUCAGAAAGCCAGUCUGAUAUGUUCUUUGAAGCCUACAGAUGCCCUUUUCCGCAAACUUAAAGAAAAUUCUUUGAUCAGUGAAUAACAUCUGUAAAUCUUAUAUUUGCAGUAUCAUGAACUUUUAUUGCUCUACAACUUGGAUCAAAUUUUGCGAUUAAUAUCUUUUAGUUUUCUGGCUAUGGUUUUGAUAAUUUAAAAAAAUAUUAUUUUUAACAGCAAUACAGGUGUAGUACUCCAUUACUGUAUGGUCAUCCAGGUGCCCAUCCAGAGAGGUGCCUCAUGAUCCCCCCCCCCCUUAAACGACCAAAUACUGCCAUUUUGCGGACUUUUUCCACAAAAUUAGCCCCAGGCCCCCCUAUUUCAGCUCAGAACUUGCACCCCCCCCCCCUUCUGAUAAUGACCCCCUCCAAAACCGGAAGUUGGAUCUGCCCUUGCAUGCAUCCACUAUGUUUUUCAAUAUAAAGCUUUCUUCAGCAUUUCUGCAAAGUUCAAUUAGUCAUUAUUUUUGUUUUCUUCUGCUUACUUAAGGUGUGGGAUGCUCUGCAACCCAACAAAUAUUUGGAGCAAGUGGUUGAGCACCAUAGUACCCCCAGAGUACUUGUGUAUAAAAAGGUUUGACUACGGAGGAACUCGCAAAAGUUAGGCCUGCGGCCCCAAAUAUCUUAAUCACGCCCUGUUUUUCAGUUCAUGUUUUCAUCUUUUCUACUAAAAUGGCUAGUUAUGUUACAGUGGUAUCCAAAUAUACUGGAUUUUGUCAGUGUUGCAUAGAUUUCCAUUUUUCCAGCCCUUUUGUUAACAUUUGUAAAGUUAGUUAUUUAAUCCUUUUGUAAAUGUACAUGCAUACAUUUCAUUUGCUUCUGCUACUUUUGGAAUGACAAAUUUAAUUUUUUGAAAACAUUCUCAUUUGUAAGGGCAUUUUUUGAACGUGGACCAAGUGACUUAUUAAACACGUAAAAGUCAUCAAUUUUUUACAUGGUAGUAUUAAUAUUGUGAUACUUUUUUGAAGAAAUUUCAAACAUUGUUUUUUCAGAAAAAUAGAUCAUUCCCUGCUCCUGGUGAAUGCAUUAAAAUGUGCAUUAUGGAUAAGGGAGUUUUCUUCGAAGAUGCUCGAGUGUCUAGUUAUAUGCAAACAAUUUAAUAUUAGAUCAAAACAAAAAAUUUUUUUGGUGCCAAAAUUUCAUUGAACGUAGAAAAUAUUUUCUUGUCUUAAAUAGUCAUUAUUUAACAGCAUAAAACUAUAUGAAACAUUACAAAAAGAUAUGAGUUUUUUUUUUUUUUUUUCAUUUUUUAGAUAAUGUUGCAUAUUGGAUAGGUAACAUGGUUUUAUUCAA